AUGGCGAGCACCAUCACGGCUCGGAUCUUGCGCACCGCCUCAGCUCCAGUAUCCGUGUCUGGACUCAGCUUACCUCGGGGGAGUAUUCGACGAUUCAGCUUAUCCCAAGCACGUGGCAACAGUGCAGCGGAUACGCAGAUGCGAAUGCUCAUUGUUGGCUCGCCCGGUUCCGGCAAGGGAACGCAAUCCAGCCGUCUUCUCAAGCACUACAGCUUCUCGGUUCUAUCUGCAGGUGACGUUCUGCGAUCGCACAUCCAACAGAAAACCGAGAUCGGCUUGAAAGCAGAUGCUGUGAUCAAAUCGGGAUCUCUGAUGCCGGACAGCGUCAUGAUGGAUCUGAUUGGAUCCGAAGUUUGCUCGCUCUCGUCGCGCGAUUGGCUGCUCGAUGGAUUCCCGCGCACGCUCGGACAAGCCCAAAUGCUGGAUUCUCUACUCGGAUCGCAAGCCAAACCGCUCUCGCUUGUCGUCAACCUCGACGUUCCCGAAACCGUCAUCCUCGACCGAAUCUUGCAACGCUGGACUCACUUACCCUCAGGUCGUGUCUACAACCUCAGCUAUAACCCGCCCAAGACCCCCGGCAAAGACGACAUCACCGGCGAACCUCUCUCGAAAAGACAAGACGACAACGUCGAAACUUUCGGCAAAAGGUUGAAAUCCUUCCACAAACAAACCGAACCCAUGCUCCAACAUUACAGAGAGAAAUCCAGGAGCGUGCUGGAUAUCGAUUGUAGAGUACAGCAGGUAGGCGAUACGCUGCAAGACGGUGGAGAGCUAUUUGUCAAUCUGAGAGGCGAUGAGAGCAAUCAGAUCUGGCCUCAUCUGUUGAACAUCGUCCAGUUGAGAUUCCCACAGUUGCAGAAGGCAUAG